AAUGGGAGUUAUUACAAGAGCUUUUACAAGUUCUUGGACCUUUCGAAGAAGCAACAAGAUAUCUAGUUAAUACUAUGGGCCUCUUAGAAGAAGUAAAAUGUAAUUUAUAUAAAACAUUAUGUUAUUACUAUCCCGAUCCUACACCACAUGAAUUGAUAUCUGCAUUAUUGGACCCACGCCUUAAAUCUCUUGACUAUAUGAAUGAUACAAAUAAAAUAGCAGCUAAAAAUUUUCUUAAAGAAUUGUAUGAUGAUGAAAAAACUACGGAGGUUAAUCAAAAUGAGAGUGAACUCAAUGAUAAUACUCAUAACUUGAAAAAAAAAGUAUCUGAUGAAUUUAUAGUUACUGCAAAUCCACUAUAUAAACCAUAA